AUGCCGAAGAAUCUUUCCGUCACGGAGUAUAAAGAGUUAGGAAUCCAGUAUUACAAGCAAAACGAAUAUCAAAAGGCAGUGGACGCGUUCACCGAAGGGAUCAAUGCCUCGAUCACUGGUUCUGUAGAUUUGCUCGACCUCCGGUCGGCAACGUAUGUCAAGCUGGGAAAUUUCAAUCGUGCACUCCAAGAUUCACAGCACAUGAUCAAGAUAGAUAAGAAGAAUGUCAAGGGAUUCCUUCGAACUGGGCAGAUUUUGCAAAAGAUGGAAAAGCCUGGUGUUGCUUUGGACAUCUAUCAUUAUGGUGCAAGGAAUGUCCCCGUGUCGGACAAGGACUAUAUUUUACUGAAAGCUAAACGUGAUAAACUUCAGCAUGAGCUAGCUCCACCAAGAUCCCACGAUCCGCUUACUGUUUUGCCAGUUGAACUGGCUGAGAUGAUUCUGGGCUACCUGACGUUUAGAAACAGGGUAAACUGCCUCAGAGUGUCAGGAAGUUGGUACCGUUUCAUCGGCUCUCGCGAAUCACUGUGGACCAAAAUUGAUCUCUCCCACGCAAAACGAGUGGUCAAGGCUAGCUUCCUCCGACAUUGUAUCGAAAGGGCCCGUUCAAAAGUCACUGAAGUAAUCAUUCAUCGUGUUGACGAUGUGAAUAUCCUCCGGACUAUCGCAACGAGAUGCCCUCAGCUCGAAACAAUUAACAUCUUGCAAGGACCUAGCUCUCGAGCUGGGGAGUCUAUCCUUGAAGCUACAAUGUGUGCGAAGAAUCUCAAGACCUUAGUCUUGUCAGCCGAUAUGGGCAUUUCAAAUAACACAAUAACGCAAAUCCUUCGUCGACGGCCGACCCUGGUCAACCUCGAAUGUUUCAAUGUCAUUCCGGGUGAUAGAGUUGCAGACUGGCAAUCCGACAUGCCACAUCUCAAGAAGCUCACUUUACAUGUCGGUCUCAAACACACUAUAAACAUCGAGCAGUUUCACCUGGGUUCACUCUUCACUCGAGCCCCCAAUUUGACCCAUCUCUCGCUCUCGCACUUUGCUGGCCAACUACCUUCGGAAUCCUUCAGCCUCCUUCCCUCACUCGAAAGUCUCAACCUUGAUCGUCUAUAUAUCGCAAAUCCUGUUCCACUCCCCUACAGCAUCCGUAAAAUCGGGCUCACACGCAUUCAAAAACUCUCUCCCGCAGCGUUAUGGCAAGCCCAGGUCAUUGUCCACGACCCGGCCCUUGUCGAAGUUCCAGCAACCGGAGUCGCAAGUCUCACCGAAAUCGAAAUCUCGCACUUCGAUCUUGGUAGUACAUGGGAAGGACUGCGUGAGCUCUUGAACGGCUUGGAAUCGGCGCCUAUGCACGCCGUAGAGAGACCUACGCCACAACUCGCACGCUUCGGUAUCCCGGAAUGUAUAACGUACUUCGAUCUAUCGGUGAAGCAGACGCGUGCGAAGAUCAUGGAAUUGCUGAGCCUACCGGCGUUGAGCUCACUGCAAGACCUUUGUUUGGAGGGUUGUAGACUGUCGGAUAGUGAGUUUACCAAGUUCCCUGAGCUCUUCCCAAGGUUGGAGUCGUUGAACUUGUCUAACACGAAGGUGACGGGAGUGAGUGUCAGGGCAUUGGUGGGAGGUAUGAGGGAGUUGCGAUUAUUGAAGCUCAAUGACUGCACUGACAUGAACCCGGAUGCUGUGGAAUGGGCGAGGGCGAAGGGAAUCACUGUCGAGCAGUCGCAUGGGAGAUCGUCUAAAGGCGGAAAAAGGUUGAGCAGCGUGUACUGA